UGUGCCCUGCCCUCCGCUGGAAGAUGGCGCAGCUGUCGGGGUGGCUCCUCAUCGAGCUGGCCCUGCACGCCGCAGCCUUCCUGUGCGGGAUCAUCUGCGCCUCCGCCCUCACCGUCACCCAGGGAGAAUUUGGUGGCCAGUGUAUUUUGUAUGGGUCCGUGGUCUACAACGGGACGUUGAAUCUCAGCAGCUCCAGCCCCGUCUCCCUCUGCUACUUCGUCGCAGUCAUUUCUUCCCUCGCCGCCAUUUUCUGCUUCCUGGCUCUUCUCUACGGCAUCUAUAGCAUUUGCUUUGGGGAAGGAGAACCGGAGCAUAUCUGGCUCAGGGGAUCGAUGGUGCUGGCGGCCGUGGUCCUCUUCUUCUUGCUUAUCUCAGCCUGCAUCCUUCGGGUUGGGAUGGACAGCUUCUGUGCCUCCGUUCUGAAAUCUGCAGCUGCCUCAAGCUGCCAAGAAGCCCAGCAUCGACCUUGGGUCCCCCCUUACCAAGCUGGAAGGUUCUAUGACAACCUCUACACGGCAGAGGCAGCCGCUUGGGUGAACUUCUUCUUUUGGUGCAUGUUGCUGCUGCGCUUGUUCGUCGAGUGCGUGAGUAAAACCCCAUCCCGCUUGUCACCGAGAAGCGACCAGCCAUGGAAUGCUGAGAGAACACCCAUCAUUGGGUAGCCACCACCCGUGCCUCGAUGAGGGAGAACCGGGCAGCCCCGGAAGGAGGAGCCAUCAGCACUCCCAGUGUGGGGGCCAGCAGGAGAAUCCUCUCCCCACCUUCUGUUUUGCUGCACGACCGGAAGGAUCGGGGUUGUCUUUUUCCUUGGUGCGUCGAAAGGGAACAUCUGCUGAUUGCCUCCGGGCAACACGUCUUAAAUCAAGAGGUUCUGGGACUGUAAGCUGGCCGGAAAGAACUGUGGAGGGGGGAUACACUGAUGGAGCAGCACCCGGCAUGUUCCAACUCCGCCUCCUUUCUGUCAUAGCCUUCCUCUUCCAAUACCACCCCCAUCUCCACUCUUAAGUCUCCAUAGAAAGUGACCAAUUUCCACUCCAUGAUAAAGCAGUGCAACCCAGCAUGACUUGACGGAUGGUGUCUGCCUGAGCCAGUUCUCUAGUGUUGUACCCUGGACAGCAGCUUGCAGAAACCAUGUCUGCUCCUAGAAGUUAUCCCCCGUUAAUCCUACUAUUGUGGGUUCCUCGCAAACAGCCCUGAACGCCAAUAACCAACACGUAAGAACCUAAGAGCAGCCCUGCUGGAUCAAACCGAUGUCCGUUUAGUCUGGCAUCCCAUUUCCCAGUGUUGCCACCAAGGUAUCCCUGGCAGAAAGUAUACCAUCAGGGAUUCAGAUUUCCAGUACUGAGGCCUGGGGCUUCUCGGGAAGCUUUCCUCCACUCCAUGGCCAGUUUCUCUGAAUCAAGGAAGGAAAUUGGUCCUUCCCAUGGGGGACAAUGCC